CGCCCCGUCCGACCGGAAGCAGCCAGCCGGACCGGAAGGGGCUCCUCGGCGCUGCGGGGGUGACGAAGGAAGUCCCGCCUCUGCCGCGCCACGGACGCCGUGGACCGGACGCUGUACCCGGAGGGGCGGGCAGAUUCGAUUCUGGAGCUGCCAUGAUUGAAGUGGUAGCUGAGCUGAGCCGGGGUCCUGUAUUUCUGGCGGGGGAGGCGCUGGAAUGUGUGGUGACUGUCACCAAUCCCCUGCCCCCCACAGCCACUUCUGCAUCUAGUGAGGCUCUGGCUUGGGCCAGUGCCCAGAUCCACUGCCAGUUCCAUGCCAGUGAGAGUCGUGUAGCACUGCCACCUCCUGACUCUAGUCAGCCAGAUGUCCAGCCUGAUAGCCAGACUGUCUUUCUGCCACACCGAGGUGAGAGGGGUCAGUGUAUCCUUUCUACUCCACCAAAAAUUCUGUUUUGUGACCUGAGGCUAGACCCUGGAGAGUCCAAAUCAUACUCCUACAGUGAAGUACUACCCAUAGAGGGACCACCCUCCUUUCGGGGUCAGUCAGUCAAGUACGUCUACAAGCUGACCAUUGGCUGCCAGCGAGUCAACUCACCCAUCACUUUACUCAGAGUCCCUUUAAGGGUUCUUGUGCUGACUGGCCUUCAAGAUGUCCAGUUUCCUCAGGAUGAGGCUGUGGCUCCAUCCAGCCCAUUCUUAGAGGAGGAUGAGAGUGGGAAGAAGGAUUCAUGGCUAGCCGAGCUGGCUGGGGAACGCCUCAUGGCUGCCACAUCCUGCCGCAGCCUCCAUCUAUACAACAUCAGUGAUGGCCGAGGGAAAGUUGGGACAUUUGGCAUCUUCAAAUCUGUAUACAGACUCGGCGAGGACGUGGUGGGAACCUUAAACUUAGGGGAAGGAACUGUGGCUUGUUUGCAGUUUUCAGUAAGCUUGCAGACCGAAGAGCGUGUACAGCCUGAAUACCAGCGGCGCCGAGGGACAGGAGUUGCCCCCUCAGUGUCCCAUGUGACUCAUGCUCGGCACCAGGAGUCUUGCCUACAUACAACUAGAACCAGCUUCUCUCUCCCCAUCCCCCUCAGCUCUACCCCAGACUUCUGCACUGUCAUUGUGUCCCUGAAGUGGCGAUUACAUUUUGAAUUUGUAACAUCCCGAGAACCAGGAUUGGUACUCCUGCCCCCAUUGGAACAUCCUGAGCCUGCCACCUGGACAGGUCCUGAGCAGGUGCCGGUAGACACCUUCAGCUGGGACCUCCCCAUCAAAGUGCUGCCUACAAGCCCCACUCUGGUCUCAUAUGCUGCCCCAGGCCCCAGCACCAGUACCAUAACCAUCUGAAACUGGCCCACCUGCCCACUGUGGUACUAGUUUCUUCAAGAGACGGAGAACUCAGGACCUGAAUGUUAGUGGAGCCCUCUUUUUUCCAACUGGGACCCAGCGGCUCCAACAAUAAGAAACAGGCUUUCAACUGUAGCAUUAAUUUAUUUAUUCAGAAUAAAUUGGCAGCUGCUAGUGGUUUCCCUGGAA